AUGUCUGCUGAGGGUCAGACGGCCAUAUACCUGCUUGACAAGGCCCGGUCAAGCUUGGGCUACAGGAGUGAGAUUGCGAGUCAGCACACGGCCGGUGACAUCGGAUCGCCGUUAGAGUGGCUCGCAGAAGAGGUGAAGGACAUUGAGAUGGGAGACGCCUCGUCCGAAAAGGCCGCAAACACGGGGGCGCUAUCCUCCCUAUCGGCCAACGCUACCAGCAGGCACGAGAACGGCAGUCAGCUCCUCGGCCGGACCCUGAACCACACGCUUUCGUCCUCGCCGCAGUCGACGGAGCGGGGGCUAACGGCGACAUCGCCGCCGCUGCCGCCGCCGGCACCGGCAGCCUCCUCGUCGGGGCUGAACUCGCCGACCACCUCCCUGUCCCCGGCGGCGGCCGGGGGGGGGGCGGCGGCAGUCGCGGGGCAGCUGCCGCCGAAGGCGCCAACGACAACAACGUCGGCGAGACCGCCGCGUGCCCAGCAGAAGCAGCGCAGGCCGCCGCCAACGCCUUGGGCCCCCUGGAGGAGGCAACCGUCGGAGCCGUCUAUCGCGCCGGUUUCUUCAUCGCCUGCGGAGACGGCGGAGAUGAUUAACAUGGAAGAGGGGAAUGCCGGUGCCGCGGCAGGGGAAGGGGCUACCGCAGAGAUACGGGGGGGUGGUCCCUGCAUCGCGGCGCGGGCGAUCCCGUCCCUGAACUCACUCGAGUCGCUGGUGAUGCUCAUGCCGCCGUCGCCUGCGACGCCUCCUAAGGAGGACUGCGAUUCUGGGCCAGGGCCGUUCGGCAAGCAGAAUACUUCGGCCGCAGCGGGGGGGUUAGAAGCCGGAGGAGCAGGUGCCCGAGUGGGAGAUGGAAAUACCGUGGUGGUUGCUGGUGGUGGUUCUGUCCCGGGACAGCAGUCGCGGGGUGGGUUCGUUCCGGUAGCGCCUUGGCGGAACUGGGUGAACGCGACGUUUGUUCUGGAGGACGAGGAGGAGGAGGAGAAGAAGGAGGGGGAGUUGGGAGAUGGGAAGCCCGGGGUCCGAACGUGCGCGCAGUUCGCCGCGAAGAGCGGCUUCGUCCCCUUCCGCGGGUACCAGCCCAGCAACGCGUGGCUGGCCGUCGCGAUGCAGAAGGAGGAGAAGCAGAAGCGGGAGGAGGCGGAGAGGGCUCGCCUGGCAGGACAUCCCUCGCUGGGCAGAGCGGUGCCGUUGAAGGAAAUGGUGCAGGAAGAGGAAAGUGUCGCGAGUCAAACAGAAAGGACGACGGCGAAAACUAUUGCGAGAAACCACACCCUGGCGCGCCAGUCUUCGGACGCGGGGCCCCACGGCGAGCACAAGGUUACCGUGGAUGGGGACACUUCUCCCCGGUCCCCGUCCGGACCGUUGGCGUCUCCGCAGCAGCCUCCUGGUCCUGGGCUUCGUCCAGGUCGAGCGUUUCGCCGUGAGCGGGAGGUCUCGCCGCCACCGUCGCGGCCGUCGCCGCUGCCCCUGUCUAUGUCUUCGAGCUCGUCUCGGUCGUUCAUGCCGCCGGCGUCGCCCGCGAACUCAACUUGCCUGGGCGGGGCGGAGUAUUCUUUGUCGCACUCCCCGGCGGCGCCGUCGCAGAGAUCGUCGUUGAAGGGUUGCACGUCGCCAUCAGCGUCUCAGCUCUCGGCGUCUCCCUUGAAAGGCUGCUUCUCUCCAGUAGCGGAGUCGCAGCUUUCCACCUACUCUGAGGAGGAGGAGGACUUGGACGUCGACGUGGACGUGGAGAUUGCGCGAGCAUGUGAAGAAGGGCCGGCGGCUUUCUCGGGGUCUCCUUCUCUCGAGAAGGAGUUGUUGGGCCGUUCGAUUACCGCGGCGGAGGAACAAAUCGCGACGGAAGAACUGAUUGCGGCGGGAGGAAAAAGUGGAGCGGAAGAAGGUUCGACUUGGCCUUCCACCUCGGCAUCACCACCAUCACCCCAAACGGUGGUGGCCCAGCGCCGCUGCGUUGCGGAGGUCGGCAGCGAGGCGCCCGGCGCAUUGGCCGGUGGGGUCUCCACCGGCACCUGCACGGGCAGCAGCACCGACAGCGGUAGCCCCGACCACGCCGCGGAGGAGAAGAGAGGUCCGCCGGUGUCCCCGGCGGAGAUACCGUUACCCCCUUCACCGCCUCACCCGCCCCCUGGCCGAUCUCCGACACCACCACGGCUGCCCAACGGUGACUCGACCCAUGCCGUUGAUGAGACUCCCGAACGCCUCCGGUCACUGGUGACGACGCCUCCGCCUGCGGAACGCCCGGAAAGAGUGCGGAAGGCGCCUCGGAUCGUUGCGAGAAAGACCGGGCAGACGAAACGGCCAAGGCCGAGUCGGAUCGCUUCCGCAGGUGCGGCUCCGCCGUCUUCAGCUGCGUCGUCGUCAGUGGAGAUGAAGGCACGCGCGGUUAUACCUUCGGCGCCGCCUUCCGCGGCGGCACCGUGGCCAUCCUCCCUGGGGACGCUGUCGCAAUUCGCGGCCGGCGCGAGAAUCUCGCCAACGCCUUCGGCAAUGCUGCUUUCGCCUUCCCCGAAGACGCCGCCGCCGCUCUCCCUCACCACGGUCGGGGCGCCGCCGUGCCAUCUCCUGCUCACGCCGCCGUCGCCGGCCGGGGGGUCUAGCUCGGCGUCGCCGACUUCUUCAUUCCGGACUUCGCCGGUGCCGCGGCCGCCGCUUCUGCCGCCGGCCGUGGUGCUCUCGGGGAGAGACUUGCCCCCGUCCGACCCCGCCGCCGCCGCCCUGCUGGCGUGGUCGCUGUCUGACUCGACUCUGUCUGGCUGCUCUAGGCCCGGCACCGGGAGUGGCGGGGGGGGAACGAGCUCGAUCCCGGUGUCGGUUUCCUCGGAGGCCGCCUCGCCAUUGGUCGGGAUGCGGUUCGUUGGGAAGGACGGUGGCGGCGGCGGGGGUAGUUCCAGCUCGAGGUCGAGGCCGAACUCGUGGCCGGACCACGGGGGGGGGGGCCCCCUGAUUGGGGGGAGGGGNNNNGGACCACGGGGGGGGGGUCCCGCUGAUUGGGGUGAGGGGGUCCCCCCCGCUUGGCCACCCGCCGAGCGUGCCGGUGCCGCUGGCGCUGUGCGGGGUGGGGCGGCCGGCGGCUUCGGCGGCGGAGGAGGAUGGCGCCGCUGCAGGUGCGGGCCGUGUUGCGGCGGCCGUUGCCGUGGGGAGGACUGCCGGGGGGGGUGCUGCUGGUGUUGUCGACGAGUCGAGCUGCGAAGGCGGGGUUGGGGGCCGUAGAGGAAAGCGACCAAGGCGUUUUUUUUUCCCGUAGCCCCGGAUGCUACGGAAUGCUAUGGAGCCAAGACAGCGAAGAUGAUGGUGAUGUUUCUCAGCUGCGUUUAAGGGCCAGGGUGCUACCCACGCGGAAGCCGCUGGGGGUGAUUGGCUCGGCAAUUCGUUUGUGGCGGUCCCCGAGAGAGAGGGGGAGAGAGAGAGGGUCGCCUGGACUCCUCCUAUCACGGCGUCGCGCGGUGAUCGUGCUGCCACGUUACUCUUAUAGUGCUGGUUGCGCCGCGGUGAAGGGGAUUGGGGUGGGGACGGAUUGCGCCGCGGUAAAGGGGGUUGGGGUGGGGACGGGCGUGGUGUUGACUGCCGCCGUUGCGCACCGGUUGUCCUGUCAGCGCGGCGCUUGUUGGCGAAUAGCAGUUGUUUCUUUUGCCCGUUUAAAGCUUGUAGGCUUUACCUUAGCGGGAGAUGGCCGCGACCCGGCGGUAAUUUGGUUUCUCUUCUUGACCAGCCGUGAGCUCUCAAGUCGUGUUGCACGAAAUUAGUGACUUUUUUUUUUAUCUUAGCCGUAUUGGCGUAUGUGCAUUUUAUAUCGGUGCGAUCAUUCCUUUACAACACGUAUUUCAGUUUUUUUUUUUGGUGGUGUUGGGGAUGUGCGUAGAGGGUAAGGCGGGUCUAGACAGCCCGGCCGGGGAACAUUUUUGAGGUGACUGACCAGUUAAUCGGGGCGGGGGGGGCGCGGCACAAGGUGGUACUAUUGAUCGGUAUUCCACGAUGCCGCUUGACGUUGAAGCCUCUUCGUAGGGCAGGGAUGAGCUGGUUCCCUUCCGUAGGGAGGGAGUCCGUCGACUGCUGGUGGUGUUGCUGGUUCCGUUUAGCUUGGACGAUUUUUUACAUAUGACCUUUACAUUGGUAUUGUCGUGAUAGUGAUCCUUGGAGUGUUGUUGGCUAACGUGAAACAGAGCCCGUCAAUUUGUUGUGGAGGAAGGCUUUCCGCGGUCUCAUCUUCUGUACCACUAUGACUUGACUCUUUUUUCUGCGUGUUAGGACAUUUGCUCGUUCGUUCUCUCUCUGUGUCUUGGAGCGGGUGCCAUGAUUGUGGGUAGCAGGUCAGCUCGCUUUUCGCUGUAGUCGAGAAGACGGUAGCAGGAAGCGUUAUUUGAGAUGAGUUUUUCUCCUUGCCUCCCCCCCCCCCCCCCCCCCCCCCCCCCCCCCCCCCCCCCCCCCCCCCCCCCCCCCCCCCCCCCCCCCCCCCCCCCCCCCCCCCCCCCCCCCCNCCUAUUCUGUUGCCGAAGGACAUCCAUUCCAUCCAUGCUCUCCCUCUCAUCGUUCUCAAACGGUGGUGUGGGCUCACUCACACCUGUGAUGGUGCAAAAGGGUUUGUUGUAAGUGUCUGAAGGCUUUGGCAGCACAACCCGACCAAUGUUGAUAGCAUUGUACAAGCAAGAGGUGUGGCGGCUUUUUUGUAUUGAUCGCUUGUUCAGAUGGUAUCUUGGUCGCAGUGUUGGAGGUGGCGGGAAGACGGGGCCUGACACCCGGAACUCGGGCUCACGGUUGAUGCUAACGUGCUGAAGAGUGCUUGGUGCGCACGUGUGCCUUUAUGUGUGUUAUGCGUCCUGUCUGUUUGUAGAGCCUUCUCUUUGGCUGUUCCCUUUGUUCGGACCGUCCUUUUGGAUUGUUGACGGGUUCCAAUUUCAAAUCCCGAUUAGGAAUUUCGCGGGGGNGGGGGGGGGGGGGGGGGGGGGGGGGCAGUCGUGCGUUCUGUCUCGUCUUUAAAGGGUGCACGUUUUUACAGCAUCGCUUUUAUGACCAUUUGUCAUUUGUCGUUUUCAAAGGUGCUUGUCUUGUCCUUGUCUUGUUUCGUCCGUAAGUCUUAUGUGUCUUAUCAGGGAGGUAGGUCCACACAAUUUUAGCAGGCACGUGUGGGUGGUGGAUAGCGGUGGUGGCGGAAAGGGCGUGCAUGCACACGGUGUACCGACUGCUCCCCGCGCGACAUGCGUGUGGGUAGAGAGGCGAUGUGUGUGGGGGCGUGAACACGCACACAAGAACGUUGGAGGGUAAACGUGGGUUUUGAUUAAUGAUGGGAUUUUCCGCCCCUCGUGCAGGGUGGGAUAGUAGUGAGAGGUGUUGGCCGAAAACCGGGCACGACCGGCGGCACGUUGUUUUCUUUUUAUUUUCGCUACUGCCGCUGCUGCUAUCUGGGUGGUUGAUUGUUUUCGUCGUCAUAGCUAGGACUGGCACUGCAAAAACCAGGUCAAGCUGGUUGCAUGUUAUUCCCUAGCAACGGCGGCCCGUUCGUGUUCCCUUCCUCCCUCUGAGCUGAAAUUUGUGUGUCUGUUGGGUGUAUGAUAUCUGGAUCAAUCUUAAAGCCAAUUCCGAUUUCCACAUGUAGCGGGUUAGCCAUAACCCGGAGACUUGUGUACAUAUUCUAUAGAAGCUAAUCCUGCUGCUGCUGCUGCUGCUGCUGCUGCUGCUGCUGCUGCACGUGAUAGACGUGCUCGUUGCACCACGGGGUAUCUUGAAGAUGGAGGAAGGUAAAGCGUUCGGCGGAAGGUGCUGCGCUGACCAGACUUACCAACCUACUUUGGUUUUUCCCGUGAAAAGAAACGUGAAUGGUGAAGCUGGUUUGAGGUUUUGCUGCCGACGGAGGCGGAGAGGAUAGUUAGCUUGCGCGAGGCUCCGCGAGACGACGAGAGCCUGUUUUUUCUGCAAGCUUUCAACUGCUGCUGUUGUUGUCGGUUUUUCAGGAUUGGUUGCGAGCGAACGCGAGCGCGCUCGUGCGGUCCGACUUGGUCCGAAGAUUUUUUUUUUUUAAUGUAAAUCAGUGCUUGCGUGUUUCGGGGGAGGUUCAGGUGCUAAUUCCGGUGUGACGUGUACGUGUAGUCACUGCCCCCUCCCCCCUCCCCUCCACGCGCGCACGCGCCUGGCCCACCUUGUUCCAAUACGUUGCCGCUCGAAGCUGGCUUUGCGGGGGACGCGAGGUUUGGCUUUUUUAGAGGGAGUGUGGGUGUUGACUGGCAUGUAGCGAGCUUUUUGCCUUCAUGUCUGAUUGUUUUGUGUGUUUGAUGGUCCUUGUGUCGAUCGUGGUUUUGCUCUCGCUCGCUGUUUCCCCUCCCCUCCUACAAGUGAAUUGUUGCUGUCUUUGUUCCUGCUCGUGUGUGAUGAUGAUGAUGAUGAUGAUGGUGAUGGUGAUCACUAAAUGGUCAGUGUGUGCCUACACGUGGUAGUCUUUGUAGUCCUAAAUGGUCGGCUGUUGGUUGGUUCUGGUGCUUGCUGUGACUGUGUGACAAGUGUCUAGCCACGUGUCUGUCCAUUGGGUUGAAGGGAAGGGCGCUGGUGUUUCAAUCUAGCAGUUAUCCAGCAGUUGGGCUACACAGGGAUGACGAACGGUUGCUAUGAUAAUACAGUACCACCACAUGUGGUGAAGCUGAUCGUGCAAGAAGCACUCAAUGAUGAAAAGGAAGGAGAGGCGCACACGCCUCAACGCCAACUUGUAACUCCCAUCCUUUUGUACAUGCCUAUUGACACACUUGAGUGUCCAGUCUCGCGAUGGAACGAAGU